AUGGCCGGCCCGCGUCUUACUCAGAUCUCUGACCAUGUUCCAACCGAGACAAACGGUGCAAAGCCAUCACCUCAUACCAAAGAUGGCGCCUACUCCGUUCGAGAAGAGCCUCUCGGCACACCCAAGCCCAUUCGAAUCAUCGGGAUAGGGGCCGGAGCUAGCGGCAUCAACAUGGUCCGCACCCUCCGGCUGAACCUCACAGAUUACGAGCAUGUCAUCUAUGAGAAGAAUGAAGAUGUGGGCGGGACCUGGUUCGAAAACCGCUAUCCGGGUUGCAGAUGCGACAUCCCAAGCCACAACUACCAGUUCUCCUGGCGGGCCAACCCUGAGUGGUCCAACUUCUUCUCGCCGGCUGAAGAGAUCGAGGCAUACCUUUGCCAGAUAUGUAAGGAUGAGAAGAUGAUGGACGUCAUCAAGACCUCGCACAAGAUUGUGGGAGCUCGGUGGAACGAAAGCAAGGGGAUAUGGGAGGUCAAAGUUGUCAACCUCAAGACUGGAGAAGAGUUUGACGACUACGCCAACUUCCUGUUAGAUGCUUCAGGCAUUCUUAACAACUGGAAAUGGCCAGACAUUGAAGGACUCCAUGACUUCAAUGGCACUCUCAUUCACAGUGCCAAUUGGCCAAAGGACUUUGAUUAUGCAAACAAGUCAGUCGCUGUCAUCGGCAACGGUUCCACUGGGAUCCAGAUAGUACCUGCUAUACAGCCAGAUGUGCAGAAACUCUACCAUUCCGUUCGCACUCCAACAUGGGUUGUCCCUCCACGGAUACAGACCAUGGCCACAUUUGGAGCAUCCAAAGACAUCCUCGCCGACAUCGAAAUCGACGAGCAAGAGAACUUCACACCGGAACAAAUCAGAAAAUUCAAGGAAGACCCAGACUUCUACAAGAAGUUCGUCAAGGCGGUUGAGAAGGACGUCAACGGGAACUUCCCCAUUAUGAUGAAAGACAGCCCCAUGCAGCAGUUUGCCAGCUCGCAAUGCAGACAAUACAUGACGGCCAUGCUUGGAGGCGACGCCACGCUUUGCAAGGCCCUGAUCCCUACGUUCCCGCUUGGGUGCAGAAGGAUGACUCCCGCGCACGGCUACCUGAAGUCCCUGACGCAGCCGAACGUGUUCGUGUUGACUGGAGGCAUGAAGAGAUUCGUCGCCGAGGGCAUUGAGAUGGAGUCGGGAGAGGUCGUGAAGCUAGAUGCAAUCAUCUGCGCAACUGGCUUUGAUGUGUCGUUCUGCCCGCGGUUCCCCCUAAUAGGUCGGGACGGGAAUCUCCAAGAUAUUUGGACGGACCACACCCCACAGGCGUACAUGUCCUGCGCCGUCCCUGGGUUCCCAAACUACUUUACUUUCAUGGGCCCCAACGCACCGGGUGGCCACGGCAGCAUCUUCACGGCCAGCGAGCACAUCGCCAAGUACAUCACGCGCGUGAUCAAGAAGUGCCAGACGGAGGGCGUCAAGGCGAUCGCGCCGCUCCAGGAGGCGGUCGACGACCUGUACGAGCACAUGGGCGCCUUCAUGCCGCGCACGGCGUGGGCGAGCUCGUGCCGGUCCUGGUUCAAGGCCGGGCGCGCGGACGGCCCCGUCACGGCGCUGCACCCCGGCAGCCGCAUCCACUUCUUCCACAUGCUCGAGACGCUGCGCGGCGAGGACUACGAGUACGUGUACGACCACCCGCGGCAGAACCGCUUCCGCUACCUUGGCAAUGGCUUCUCGACGAAGGAGCUGGACGAGAGCGUCGAUUCGACGUGGUACUUGGACGAGUCGGCGGUUGUUUAA